AUGGCGAAAAAAGCAUUGGCCAAGGACCAGAUCGUGAAGCUCAUUGUGGGAGCCGGUCAAGCCAGUCCCAGUCCCCCUGUUGGUCCAGCUCUGGGAAGUAAAGGUGUGAAGAGUAUGGAUUUUUGCAAGGAAUUCAAUGCUAGAACAGCUCACAUCAACACCGGCGUCCCCAUUCCCGCCCGCGUCACCGUCCGUCCCGACCGUUCCUUUACAUUCGACCUCCGCACUCCCACUACGACCUGGCUGCUCCUUCAGGCUGCCAACGUGGAACCUCGCAAGAACCGAAUCCGUGGCGCCAUGAAACCCGGACACGAGACAAUUGGCAAUAUUUCCCUGAAGCACGUUUAUGAGAUUGCCAAGAUCAAACAGUCCGAGACGAGGUUAUCAGGGUUGAGUCUGCCAGGACUUUGCAAGAGUGUCAUUGCACAGGCCAAGUCGAUUGGCAUUCAGGUCCUUCCUUGA